AUGUAAGAAGCCAGAUAGUUAUUAAUAUCUAAAAACUAUGAUGAAGCAUUUACAAAAUAUAAUUAAUUGCUUAGUGAGAAUAUAGAUAAUAAUAACAAAUCAAUAUGCGCCUUGAAUUGUGCGAUAUGUCUCAUUAAUAAAUAAAAUUAUGAAUAGGCUAUGGAAUUUAUUGAAAAAUCUAUAACUUAUAAUCCCAAAUAUAUCAAGGCAUAUUAUCGAAAGGCAUAAGUUUUAAUUUAAAUGAAGCAAUAUGAGGAGGCUUUGUAAAUAAUAUAAAAUUUAGAUCCGUGUUAAGAAGUCAAUGAAUUAAAAGAACUUAUUAAACUGCAGUUUAGUGAUCCUAUGUAUGUAAUAAAUGAUCUAAAGAGUUGUGCAACUGAAAAGGAUGCUAUCAAAUUCUUUAAUGAAUUGUAUAGCAAAUAAGAUUACAUUAAUUAUGAUAAAUUAAUGAAGGAAAAUGGAUUUUGUUAAUAGAUUCUCACUUAAAAAUUCGUAUUCUAAUAAAUGAAAUACAUUUAAUAUUGCUUUAUCAAAUCUCAUAUGCAGUAUUUACCUAAGUGGUUACAGGAAUACUUAUUAGCCAAUUUCGAAUUUUAUUGCAAGUCUGAAUAAGCUUCAAAAGUUUAUGAAUUAAUUAACAUAUAUUGUUCAUUAUUUUCUCAUUUCCAAGUUAAUUAGUAAGUGUUAGAUUUGAUAAUUGAAAAUUAAUACUUUUUCCUAGAGAAAUACUUGAAAUGCACUGUUUAAUUGUUUGUCUAAAAUCAAAACCCUGUUGUCAGUGUAGAAUUCAUUGAGAAGGUAGCUUAUAAGGCUAAAAAGGCUGAAGACUUUGACACAAAUACUGAAAUGUAUUAUCUAAUUGUUGAUCUAAUUAUAUUAUUGACAAAACCAAAAUUAAUACACUUUGGCUUUUUAAAGAGGGACACUUUUAGAUAUCAGGACUUAUUGAUCUUAAUAGGAAUCAUCAGCAAUAGCUAACUGGAAUCAAUUAGAAAGACUUAUACAAAUUUGGCGAUAAAGUUAUUGAAUACAAUAGAGAAAAAGUUGAAUAAAUUGAGAUACAUCAACUUAAUAAACUAAAUACUAAUGAUGACAUUAAAUAACUUUGAAUUCAACCAAGAAAUCAAUGAUAAUUCUGUUAAAUUGUCUGAAACAUUGCUAGAUUAUAUAUAAGAAUAUAGAAAAAGUAAACAAUUCAAUUAAAAUAUCAAAAAGUUUUGCUUGCUCUUUCUACUUUAGAGUAAAGGUAAAUAUUUGUAAUUGUAUGAAUAUAUUCACAAGGCAGAUUGCGAAAUCUUGUUGGAACACAUAUUCGAAGAUCAUAAUAUCGAAAUUGAUGAAUCUAUAGUGUUAUUAUAAUUUAUUACUUAAUUUGAUGAUAUCAAGAUUAUGAUAAUGCAGAAGAGAGAGCAACUUAAAAAGAUUUAUAAUAACAUAAAUAAUCAAUUUAAAUUGGAAGGUAAAACAUCACUUCAGAAGUUAAGACAAUAUCAGAUUUUAGUAGGUUACUUUAAUAUCUUAUUAUAAUUGACUACGGAUAGAUCUGCUGAAACAAAGGAAGAACAGAAACAGAGAUUCUAGAUUAAUGAUGAAUAAUAUGAAUAAAAUCGUUAAUUUGCUAAGUAGUAUUAAUAAGACAUUUCUGAAAAGUAUUUUACUUAUACAAACGAAUACAUCAUGAAAGAAUAAAUUGUAAAAUUCAUAGCUCUUGAAAUGAGAACAAUUCAAUUACUGUCAUCAUUUAUAUUUUAAUAUUAAGACAUACUAAACAAUGAAAAUGUUGUAUCGAAAUUACUUACUUAAUUUAGUUCUGAAGAUUAAGUUCAUUAAUACUUAUUUGAUAAAUAAUGUUUAAAAUUAGUAUCGAAAUCUAUCUUAUCAAAGAAUGAAUUUGGAAUUCCCUAUUUAUGUAAAUAGAUGAGAAAUGCAAAUCCAGAAUUAUUUGAUUUUAAGGAGGCAUAAUUGAUAUGUGAUGCUCUCUUUGUUUGUUCUUAGAAUGCCACUCAUGAAUUAUUGACAUUUUAUGCAUUAUUGGGAAUUGUGCAAUUGACAUCACUGGGUGAUUUUAUUGUGGAUAGAAUCAUGGAUUAGAAACAAUACAUAUAAAUAUAGAAUUUCCUAAUGGAUGAGAAUAAUUAUAUAGUUCAUGCUAGUCUAGAGAUUUUUAACAAUAUAUCUUUGAAUGAAAAGUUCUUAGUACUUUUGGAGGAUAGUAAAUUGCCUACAUUUCUUCAAUUAGUAUAAGCUUUGACAAAACAAUUCUAUGAGAAUAUUGAAGGUAAGCCUGGAUAGAAUGAAAAAGACUUCAGUCACCCUAAGUAAAUAUUAUAAACAUUGUUGGGAUUGAUUUCAAUAAUUUCAUAAGUGUUGAUUGUUCAAGAUUAUUUCAAAAAGGAAUUGCCUCUGAUUGUAGAUAGAUAGUUUUAUAAUAGAGUCCUACCUUAUUCGAAUGAGAACCAAAUAAAAAAAAUCAAGAUAGUUUGGGAAGAGUACGGAUAUAAACAUCAUUGA